GGCGGCCCCUGCAGGCCGCGCCGGGGCGGACACCCGAAGCCUCGGCAGCCGGCGCCGCAGCCCGGCAGUGUCAGUGCCACGGUGUCCGCCGGGGAGUGAGAGGCAGCGCCGGCGCCCGCCCGCCCGCCCGCCCGUUAACCGCGGCCAGGCCCCCGCAUGCAGCCCUCACCCUGGAGCGGCGGCGGCGGAUCGAGGAGCUCUCGCGGUCCUCCCGGCAGCGGCUGCUCCAGUCGCGGGACAGGAUGUUCUCCAAGUUCACCUCCAUCCUGCAGCACGCCGUGGAGGCGCUCGCACCUUCCCUUCCCUUACAAGAAGAUUUUGUUUACCACUGGAAAGCAAUCACACAUUACUACAUAGAGACAUCAGAUGACAAAGCUCCUGUGACUGAUACCAACAUUCCUUCUCACCUGGAACAGAUGUUGGAUAUUCUAGUUCAAGAAGAAAAUGAAAGGGAAUCAGGUGAAACAGGACCAUGUAUGGAAUAUUUGCUACAUCACAAGAUUUUGGAGACCCUCUACACACUAGGAAAAGCUGAUUGUCCUCCAGGAAUGAAACAGCAAGUUUUGGCUUUUUAUACAAAACUUCUUGGAAGAAUACGGCAACCUCUUCUCCCCCACAUAAAUGUACAUAGGCCAGUGCAGAAAUUAAUCAGGCUGUGUGGUGAAGUUCUGGCAACACCAACAGAAAAUGAAGAAAUUCAGUUUCUGUGUAUAGUAUGUGCGAAGCUGAAACAGGAUCCAUACCUGGUCAACUUCUUCCUUGAGAGUAAGUUAAAAGCAAUGGCUUCCAAAGGAGCAAGUGUAAUCACAGAGGACAUGCUGAAAAGCCAAGAUACUUUGAAUGCAGACACAGGACAGCCCAUUCAGCCUGAAGAAAUUCCUGGUGCUGCUGGAGCUGAGCAAGUGGAGAAGGAGGAUGACCUCUCACAACAGGCAGAUGAUCUCUCUUUCAGUCUGGAUGAACUAAAUGUCACAUCAUCACCUGAGUCCUCCACUACUGGUCCAAAUCAAGACUAUAAUUUAGUGAAUUCUCUACUGAACCUCACUAAAAGUCCUGAUGGCCGGAUAGCAGUGAAGGCCUGUGAAGGCCUCAUGCUUUUGGUGAGUUUGCCAGAACCAGCAGCUGCCAAGUGCCUGACUCAAAGCACUUGUUUACGUGAAUUGUUGACAGACAGGCUGGCCACCCUCUACAGAGCCCUUCCUCAGUCGCUGGAUCCCUUAGACAUUGAAACAGUGGAGGCAAUUAACUGGGGUUUGGAUUCCUAUAGCCACAAAGAAGAUGCAUCUGCUUUUCCAGGAAAAAGAGCGUUGAUUUCUUUUCUUUCAUGGUUUGACUACUGUGAUCAACUCAUCAAAGAAGCACAAAAGACUACUGCUGUUGCUAUGGCAAAAGCUGUGCGGGAACAAUUUUUCAUUGAUGUUAUGGAACCCCAGCUGAUGCAAACUUCAGAGAUUGGAAUCCUCACGUCCACUGCGCUAUUGCAUCGCAUUGUGCGUCAAGUGACUUCAGAUGUCCUGCUGCAGGAAAUAGUUUAUUUUAUACUUGGAGAGCACAGAGAGCCAGAAACUUUGGCAGACAUCAACAGACAUCCAUUGAGACACAGGUUAAUUGAACACUGUGAUCAUAUCUGUGAUGAGAUCAGCAUAAUGACUUUACGAAUGUUUGAGCACCUUCUGCAGAAGCCCAACGAGCACAUUCUUUACAAUUUGGUUCUGAGAAAUUUAGAAGAAAGAAACUAUAUGGAAUACAAACCUUUCUGUCAAGAAGAUAAAGAUGUGGUAGAAAAUGGACAAAUUGCAGGAGCAGUAGACCUGGAGGAAGAUCCAUUAUUCACUGAUCUGUCUCCAGAUAACAUGUUGUCAACUCAAGAGUGGCUCAGUGCUUCUCCACCUGUCAGUCCAGAGCAUCCAAAAAAUGAUGGGAAGACUGAAGUUCAUAAAGUUGUAAAUAGUUUUCUCUGUCUUGUACCUGAUGAAGCUAAGUCAUCAUACCAUGUGGAGGGCACAGGUUAUGAUACUUACCUCAGAGAUGCCCACAGACAAUUUCGGGAUUAUUGUGUUAUCUGUUUACGAUGGGAGUGGCCUGGAUCUCCCAGAUCUUUGGAAAAGUGCAAUUUAGAAGCAUCAUUUUUUGAGGGACACUUCUUGAAAGUCCUUUUUGAAAGAAUGGGCAGGAUUCUUGAUCAGCCCUAUGAUGUAAAUUUACAAGUUACGUCAGUGUUGUCCAAACUGUCCUUGUUUCCCCAUCCUCAUAUACAUGAAUAUCUUUUGGAUCCUUAUGUAAACCUAGCUUCUGGCUGCAGGUCUCUCUUCUCUGUUAUUGUCAGGGUCGUUGGGGACCUCAUGGUUAGAAUCCAGCGCAUCCCCGAUUUCACUCCCAAACUUCUGCUGGUCAGAAAACGCCUGCUGGGCUUGGAGCCCGAAGGGCCCAUCAUUGACCACAUGACGUUACUAGAGGGCGUGAUUGUGCUGGAAGAAUUCUGCAAAGAGCUGGCAGCAAUUGCAUUUGUGAAGUAUCAUGCCUCAUCUACACCAUAAGCAGCCUUGAUGAGUUGCCAGGUUUUACAACCACCUAGCUUGUUUCAGUUGACAAGACAAUUGACAGCACCCAGCUAAGAGGUGGUGCCUCCAGGCAGAGCACUGGUUGACAUUUGGCAGAACUGGAAAGUUGCUUUCCCAGGAUGUUGACAAUGCAAGGGAGGAGGUCUCAAAGGGGCCUGGAAUAGGGCUGAAGGCAUUUUGGGGAAACCAAUACAUAGCCACAUUUCUAGCCACUUUGUGAAGAGCUGCAAAAGCUGCAUGAAGAACCACAGACAUCAGACCUUGGUUAUUUAGUUAUUAUGAUAACAUUCAGAGAGUUGGGUCUCUUGUAUGUUCUGCAGUUCAUGUGCUCCAGUUCACUUUUUGUGACCAUAUUUACUUUUAAAAAGUUAAUUAAUUUCAUAACAUUUAAAUGUCCUAAUUAUUUUUCUUUUCAGUUGGAUAUGUGAAAGGAAAUCACAGCUAUAGUUGCAGUGUAUAUUAUCAAAACAAAGAGGUUAAAAAAAUUCACUAACCCAUACACAGUAGGAUCUAUUAAUAAGAGAUCAUUUUUGUUUUGGUGAAUCUCAAAGAACACUCUGAGCUUGAUUGCUCAAUGGGUUACUCCAAGAGAUAUAUCAGUAUAAAAUCAAUACUAAUGGAAUUAAUCCUGAUUCAGCAACAUAUCCAUAAAAAAAUAUAUUUGAAGCAUACACGAUUCUAGCACGUUUGUCUGUUAUUCCAGGUGAUAGCUCCUUAAGUCAUCUGCAAAACUUGAUUUGCUUUAGAUUUUUUGCAUGUGAACUUUAGUUGCUUGACUCAUGUCACCUUUGCAGGGAAGUUAAUUAUAGGUCAUCAGUAGUUGUUGCUGAAACAGUAUUUUAAAUUUCUUUUAAACUGGUAUUUAUCCUGAAUUGGUUUAAGCAUCUUUUGCGCCUUGAAAAUUGGCAGCAUAAACAUUCUGUCAUUUUCAGAAAUGUUUUUACUGCUUAUGUAACCAUAGCAGUAGUGCACAGCAGAAGAUUAACUGAUGCCAAUUCAGUUAAAGCAUUAAUACCAUUUGUAGGACCAAAAUUUACACCUUGCUUUUCAAAGUGCUGGGAUGCAGAAAUGCCUCUCAGUGACUGUUUUUCACCAUAAAUUCUAUAGUCCAGGGCAAGCAUUUGCAUUGCAAGCAGAGGGCCAUCUGGUCUUCAGAAAGCUUUGCUCCUGUUUCUCUAGGUGAUGGCAGCCUGCAGUGCAGACAGUGGUUGCUGCUCUGCCACACUGGCACUGGCAGGUGGGGGUGGCUCUGCUUUAACCCUCAAGUCACACAGGGUGAGCUGGGUGAGAGACCUGUCCUGCUCUCCUCACAGGUGUGUAGUACCUCUUUCUCCUCCCAUGAACUAACAGCAUAGGCAGGCAAGGUAGAGUAUAGCUCCUCCUGUUUACAUUGUGUUUCUUUGUUUCUGCAUCCUGCUAUCCUCUUUGCACAGGUAAUGCCAGUUUCAGGUGGGAUUGCUCAUAUGCAAAUGUGGACUAAUUUGCUCAAGUCACUAGAAUUUUUCUGGAUUUACAUUGACUAAGCCAGAAUGGGAGUCUGCUCUGAGUCCAUGCCUUUAAGGACUUGUUUUUUAAUAUUUAUAACACCUGAAUGUUGAGAGGCCUUUUACGUUAGCAGAUUAAUUAGAACAGUGUCACAGUUAAUGGGCUAAAUUUGUUCUUGUCACAGCAGUGAAGAGGGUCCUCCUGUAAAAGCUCCCAGUACAGGUUCAUCUGGAGAGAGCAGUUCUGGAACCAGGGAAACAUUUUGGCAGGUAAAACCAGUGCCUUCCUACAGUGGAAGGCUUUUAUACAAAGGCAAUCAAAAGCAUGUUUCAGUUCCUCACCUCCUUUUUUAUGCUGAAUUUAGCCACAAGGUGUUUUCAGGUCAAAGUAGCAUGGUAGGAUAAAGUUUUCAAAAGUGACACCUUUUUCAUUUUUGUUCUUCAGAAAGAUACCUUAAAAGUAGCAAACAAUUUUUAGUGAUACAUGUUGCAGCUGGACCAUAUUAGAAGCUUAGUUAAUGUAAAUAGCUGGCACAUACUUUAGAACAUGCAAAUGUCUAUGCAGAGUUAUGUUUCAUGCAAACAUUUGUUAUAAAUAAGGUCCCAGUUCAGCAAAACUGUUAAGCAUAAGCUUAAUUUCAAGAAUUUUAUACUUAAAUCACUGUUUCUUACAUGAACAAAGUUAGGCUGUUGAGCACAAACUCUCAUGCUUUACUGAAUUUGGGUCUUCAUUGAUUUUGCUUGAGCAUAACUAUCUGUUCCUCAAGUUUUCUAUUUUCAUUAUUUAUUUUUUUAAGCUGUAUGUUCCAGAAUAUUUCUAGUGUCCCAAUUUCAGUCGAAACUGGAAGUGUUAAUACUAGUAUAAAUGAAAGUGAGAGGAGCAUUAAACAAACCCUGCAAGAACAUUCCAAGUAAUAAAACAAUUUAUAAAGCCUGAUCUCAAAUGAAAGCAUUAACAUCAGCCCUUUUGUUGUUGUUUUUGCUGAUACUUGAUCUCAUUACACUGUAAGGAACUGUACCAGCUUCUGGAAGGACUGCUGCAACCUCUGUGGCAUUUUAGUGCAAAACAGUCUACUGAGCUGCAAACAAAUCCUUCAUGCUUGUCCAUAAGAAAAGCAAGCACCCUUCCAUUCAGGAUAUAAUUGUUCAGUCUCCAGCAUUACUGGUGAUGUUCUUGCAAACCAAAAAUUAUUUAGUUGAUAAAUUUGGAAGACUUGGAUCCAUCCUGACAGAAGUGAAGCAAUCCUUAACAUUGCUUCAGCCUAACCUGCUUUUGUGAGUGUUGCCUACAAACCCUUAAUUACCCCUACAUGGUGAUAACAACUUUUAUUUUUGUAAAAGUGAUUUAAUCUUUCUUAAGAGAUGGAACUUGUUUAAUUAUUUUUGUGGUGAUAUUUUUCAUGCACUUUUUUUCUUUAAAAAAAAAAUAAGUUAGAUGUUAGUUCAGGUCCAUGUUUUCACCUUUCAGUCUAUGCAUGUCAUUGAGGUGCCCAUUUUGUUUCUGUGUGCGUGUGUUUGUAUGUGGUUAUUUAUUACCCAGAGAGGGACACCUGAGGAAAUAUAUGGCCUGAAGUUCAUAGCAUAUGCAGAUCCUCAGAUGUCAGUGGGAAAUGCAAGUGCUUAUCAACUUAGAAAACAUGGCCACUAGUAUUAGAUUGCAAUACUUGAGAGGUAAUACUAGAAUAAUUUUUUAUUUCAAAAAGCAGAUCCAAACCACAUUUUAAUCCUGAUGCACAUGUGUGUAAAUAGGCACAUUUUUACUUUUUUUCCAUUUAUAGUAUGUAUUUGAUUUAGACUCAGAUGUAGAAUAAUUUGUAAUAAGCCACCUACUAGCUCUGGUAGAACAAGUUUGUCCUUAGUUUCUCAUAUGACUGUAAUAUACCUUGUAUUCAGAUCUUGUCUGUGUAAUGUUCUUACUAUGUAUUUGCCUGUGCAAUAUAAAAGCUGUGAUUUGAUACACAGCUUGAGUCUGGUUGUAUAUCACCUGUGUGUGUAUAUAUAUAUAUAUAUAUAUAUACACAUAUAAAAGGACCAGGAUCCCAAGCUUGCUUACACUAUGAUUAGUGUAAAUACUGUUACACUUAGUUUUACAGGGCAGAAGUAAUCAGGGAAUGGCUUUGUAAAUGCAUGGUAAUUGAUACCAUAACCUGCUGUGUAAUAUCACAGGUGACAUUUUGUUAGUUCUAUUUGUCUUGCUAAAAAAUACUAAACUGAAGUGCUAUGUAGAAUCUAAGGAUUAUGUAGUAGACCUGGGGCUACCUGAAAAACCCACAUCUGAUAUUGCCUAUUAUGCAGGGUUUUCAAACCAUAUUCCUCAGUACCAUCUGUGCCCUGUAAAAUAGUGUAACUACAAAAUAUAUACUCUUUGUUUGCCUCCUGCCUUGUUUACAUUAAACAGAGGAUAUUCAGUAAAUUUUUUCUAUUAAACUUUGUGUAGGUCACUUACUGACAGUGUUGUCAAGGUUUCACAGGUGUGGGAUUUCCAAUGAGAAAUUGUUGAAACAGCCACAUUGCCAGACAUACAAUAUUAAGUUUUAUGAAGGACGUUGUGCUAAAUUCCAACUUUUUGUGCUAAAAAAUGCAUGGAGGGUUAAAAGGGAUAUUCUCAAAAUAAAUUAAUUUCAAUGAAGCAACUGCUUCUAUUAUUAAAGAAUCCAUAAUAAGUUUUGUAUGGAUGAACUUCAGACAGAAAAUGUUAAAACCAUUUCACAUCA